AUGACGUCAUCAAUCGUAAGAGAUGUAGCAGGCGACCACGUAUUUGAAGCUGAAGAUGUUGAAACUGCAACUCUCCGAGUCCACAAAAAGCCCUAUAUGUGUAGUCCUUGAUUAUCGCUUCCUAAUCAUUCUUCAUGUAUUCAGGCAACUACAUGCAUAGACUAGUAGUAUUUAAUUUGCCUUUAAACGCGUUAACGGUAUAGAAAGUUAAGGGAUAUUCUAACAGUAAGAUUGGCUUGAUCAAAAAUUUUGUCAAAAGAAAUUUUGAAAUAGAUCUACUACGCUAAGGAUGUUCUUCAUUCAAACAUUUUUCUUUCAUUUCACCAGAGUGGUAAAUUGUUUUAUAGAUUUGAAAUGGAAAUAUCUAUUAUUUAAUAAAUAAAAAAAUUAAAUAAUUAUUAUAUAUUUUAUUUUUCUAGCCCCCCCCCCCCCCCCCCUAUAGCUAUUUUUUAUCGGGAUCAAAUUGUUAUAAAAUAACAUCGAGUUCGGAAUUCAACGGACAAAAUAUGAUACUGAAGAAGGUUGCGAGGCCUUUCGCUCUGUCAAGUUUAUGCAACAGGAGUUCCUUGCAGUACAGAGGCCUGCUACAAAAAACAUUUAAUCAUGACGAAAGUGACUUUACUCACAACCGAUGCUCAACGUUUUACACAACCUCCAGAUGUUUCACAGUCCGUCAUAUAUUGUGUGAUCCAACUGAAAAAUUCAGAAGCCCUAUGCUGGGGGAAUAUAUAAAAGGACGACUAAGAGCAUUUGUUUUCUUUUUUCAACACCCUAGCUUUAAGUUUAGAGAUGCUCUUAAAGGAUGUGAAGAGGCCAUGUCAAUUGUUUCAGAUAUGAUUACAAAGAAGCAGUUUGAUAAACUUCAGGGAAUGAUUGAUAGUGAGGUUCUAAAUCAUCUUGAAGGCAAAUUGGCAACAACCUCUUGGAUAUAUCCAAUUUCAGAAGAUCCAGCUGUCAGAAAGUUUGAUUGGCAUUCAUUUAAGGAAAUAGAAAAUACAGAAUCAGGAACUUCAAAGCUGUCUUUAGACACCCUGCUGUUAUGUGGUUGGAAUGAGUUUCGUAUUAUACACUACUAUCAAUUUCAGAGAUAUUUUGUCGGUGGGAAAGACCAGGACUGGAUAAUUACAAACAUUACAAUCAUACGAGUUGAUUUUUGAGCUAUUAACAUUAUUGUGAUGAAUAUUGAUACUUAUGUAUCAUAAAUAAUUGUUAUGGUGUUUUAACACAAACAAUAAAUAGCAUUGAACUA